AUGAGAGCAUUGGUGGUCACGACCAUGCUUGGUAGACAACAGUGCGAGUUGAAUGUUUCAAAAGUGCACUGGAAUAACAACGAUGUGGACGAAGAACGGACGAACGAAAUGAUACCAACGAUUUUCGGUGUCAAAAUCGUCCCGAAUUGCACCGUCCACCCACCGUCCGCCGAACCAAGUCACGAGUACCCGUUCACGUCCAUGAAGUUCCUCCAACAAAGCAAGAUUUGGCCGGGAGAUCGCUCGACAUAUCGAAACACCACGAAUAUGCCAUCCAUGUCAAGUUGGUGUCGCGAAUGGUGUCGUCCGAGUUCUUCCAAAACUGCUGAGGCGCAGUAG